AUGUUUCGAACGGCUCUUUUAUCGAUCCUGACAGUGCUCACCGCUCUGGGUGGAGCCAACUGCGGUUUGUUAAAUAUCUUCAACAGCUCAUCAGAUUACACAUUAGCAAGUGCAUUGGAUAUCUCAUUCGCCAAGGCAAAAAACGACGUAGGAUUAUUGCUCAAGGGCGAAAUCACCACACCGAUCGAGGAGGAUGUCACGUUCUGGUGCGGCAAUAGGAAAUUGCCUGAGCUGAAUCAAACCUUUCUGGAUGACCCCGAUGUCCAACAGAAGAUUGACUUCACCAAACCGAUUAUGUUCAUCACACACGGAUGGUUGGAGAAUCAUGCUAUCAACUGGAUGCGACAGACGGCUGAGGAUACACUGAAAUUCAUCGAUACCAACGUUUGUAUUGUAGGAUGGGAUCAUCUGUCAAAGUACGUCUACUAUCAAGCGGCAAGAGAAAAUACACUGCUCGUAUCGGGAUACAUGACUCGAUUUAUCAACUUCCUGGAUAAGAAUGGAAUGUCUUUGGGUAAGGUAACCCUGGUAGGACACAGCUUGGGUGCACAGGUUUGUGGUCAAGUUGGUUACAACCUUGACGGAAGACUUGGAGAGAUCUACGGACUAGAUCCUGCGGGUCCACUGUAUACCUUUCCCUUAGAUCAUGGACUGCAAUACAGACUGGAUAAAACUGAUGCCCAGUACGUUCAGAUGAUUCUUACUUCCCGAUAUACACUGGGUGUAGGAAAAGGAGAUGGACACGAUAAUUUCUACCCCAACGGAGGAGAUGCCCCGCAACCGAAUUGUGUCAUUCCACUGACGAGCGAUGCUGAGAUGGUUGAUCAGAUAGUUUGCAGCCACUUGCAUUCAACUUCAUUGUUCCGACUGUCACUGGAUCCAGCCAUGGUUUACAAGGGAAGAAAGUGCUUUAAUUGGAUGUCUUACUUCCUAAAAUCAUGCGUCCUGAACCCAGCGAAUAUUAUCGGUAUCCACCAUAGCAAGAAGGUUGUUGGUGAUUUUUACCUGAAAACUUCAGCUGAUUCACCGUAUGUGGACUAA